AAGGCUUUAGUCAGUGGAGCAGCAGAACUCUUGCUGACACCACACUCAUCACCAUGGCGCUGCGCAGUACCUGGGUGGUCCUGAUGCUGGUCCUUAGCCUUCGUGGUCAAGUUCAAACGGGGAAAAUCAUCGGGGGACGCCCAGCAGUCGCUCAUAGUAGACCCUACAUGGUGCUUUUGGAAAGGGAACUGUGGAAAAACGAAACCAAAUAUUGUGACGGCUUCCUGAUCAGCGAUGAGUUUGUGGUGACAGCUGCUCACUGCGUGGCCCGUAUCUAUUACGUCUACGUAGGUCUUCACAAGUUCAUCAAUGAUCAAACUCCGAAGGGUAUUACAGUGAGACGAGCUAUUCCACAUGAGGACUUGAUGUUACUGCAGUUAAGUGAGAAGGUGAACUUCAACGAAAAUGUCAGACCGAUUAAUUUAGCAAGCCGAAGUGAUCACCUGCUGCCUCGACGCUGUAUAGUCUCUGUCUGGGGAUUUACUAGCGAAGACAAUCAGAAUUUGGUCAGAGAACUGAGGGAAGUUAAUUUGACACUUGCGAACGAUACAAGCUGUCCUGAGCCCCAUGCAUUCUUCUCCCUUGGAGAAAUAGGACCUUCACACGUAGACUCUGGUGGUCCACUUGUUUGUGAAGGGGAAGUGGCGUACGGUGUUGUGUUGCAUGGCAAACGGUCAUGCCCCCCCUACAAAUAUAAAGUUUUCACUAAAAUCCCAGACUAUCUUGGUUGGAUUGUAAGCCACCUGACGCAAAAGUGAAUCCAGAAUGUCAUCGUUAAUAUGCUCAUACUAUGUGAACCAUGUUGAUGAAUAAAUGGUUGUUCCACAAACCACAUUCCAAAUUCCAUAUUGAAUGAGAAAAUAAAAAGGAUCUAAAACUUAUCAGGAAAGCAUACAUUAUUUGUUUUUUGUGCAUGUACAUGUUUGUGUCUAGGCACUUUUUCUAAGGCAUCCUUACCUAGUGAAGAAUGUGUCCUACCUAAAUAAAAACUCUGGAUAUUUUGACUUUCUUGAUCAACUGAUUUGAAUAAGUUGGUUAUCUUUAAGAAGAAACGGCUACCUCGCGUACAUGCAUUUGAUGACCUUAACUUGUUUGCAUGAUAAAGACCAAAGAAAUCAAUUCAUUCCCUCAUGACAUAUUCAGCUAUUUUCUGGAUUUUACAUAAUAAUCAAAUAGCUGACAUAGAAAUCAUUGAAAUUAUUAAAUUCCUGUAGAAUAGUUACGCUGCUUAUGAGCCCCAAGCGCAGUGUCAAGGAACGUUUGAAUCUGGCUUGGUUUAAUAUAAAAGGUAUGUUUGCAUGUGCAACAUCAAAUGUAAUAAAACUAAAUUGGAUUGACACUAAUAGACCUUAAAUGUCCAUAAUGUUGGGUGAGGAUAGUUGCCUAUGAAACACGUAACCUGGAAAACAAAAAAAGCUAAAGGAUGCAACUCAUGACCAAGAAACAUUUGUAAGGGAUUUU